GUCCACAGCUCAGUACGAGAAAAGUUUUUGAGAUGGGCUCAGCUCUAAUUAUUGCUGGCCUUCCAGUGAUCCUGUUAUUGAUGGGCGUGGCCUUUGGCAUGCCCACAUUUACGACCACCACCAAUUCCCCACCAGAAAUUGCAAAAAUCAAUUCCGAAAUUGAGGUCACUACUGGGAAAAGCGGCAAUGACUCAUCCAAAGUCAAAGAAAUCACAAGUGCGCCAGUUGCAACCAUUCCAGCUUUAUCAGAGGAAGAGAGUCAAUGCCAAUCUGCAUGGGAAAAGUUCUUGAUUGACUUUGGAACAAAAUAUCAAGAUGAUAUCGAGUUCCAGAAACGCCGAAACAUUUUUUGCGACAACUGGAAGGCGAUUCAGAAGCACAAUAAGCAAUUCGAAUUAGGAAUCGAGUCCUUCAAGAAGGGCAUAAAUCAGUGGAGUGAUCUUACGGUUGAUGAAUGGAAAGAGAAACAACGCCCCAAGCCAAUACCAAAAGAUGAAAGCACUAACAUCAAACCGACUAACGAUGAUCAUGAUAACCUUAAAUGCCAGGCUGCCUGGGAAAAAUUCCUAAUUGACUUUGGAGCAAAAUAUAGAGAUGAUAUUGAAUACGAAACUCGCCGAAACAUCUUUUGCGACAACUGGAAAGCGAUUCAAAAACACAACGAGAAAUUCGAACUGGGAAUCGAGUCCUUCAAGAAGGGCAUCAAUCAGUGGAGUGAUCUUACGGUUGAAGAAUGGAAGGAGAGCCAACGGCCCAAGUUUAUCCAAGGACCUGAAUUUACAACCAUCAAACCACCUAAGGAUGAUCAUGAUAGCAUUAAAUGUCAGGCUGCUUGGGAAAAGUUCCUGAUUGACUUUAAACCAAAAUAUCGAGAUGAUAUUGAAACUAAAAAGCGUAGAAAUAUCUUCUGUGACAACUGGAAGGCCAUUCAGAAGCACAAUGAGCAAUUCGAAUUAGGAGUUGAAUCCUUCAAGAAGGGAAUAAAUCAGUGGAGUGAUCUUACUGUUGAUGAAUGGAAAGAGAGCCAACGUCCCAAGUUGAUAGCAUUACCUGAAAUCACUACCACAAAACCUACUAGCGAUGAUAAUGAGAACAUUAAAUGUCAAUCUGCCUGGGAAAAGUUCCUGAAUGACUUUCAGCGCAAAUAUCAAGAUGAUAUCGAAAUGGAGAAGCGCCGAAAUAUCUUCUGUGACAACUGGAAGGCGAUUCAGAAGCACAAUGAGCAAUUCGAAUUAGAAGUCGUGUCCUUUAAGAAGGGAAUAAAUCAGUGGAGUGAUCUUACGGUUGAAGAAUGGAAAGAAAGUCAACGGCCCAAGUUUAUCCACGAACCUGAAUUCACAACCAUCAAACCACUUAAGGAUGAUACCAUUAAAUGUCAGGCUGCUUGGGAAAAGUUCCAGAUUGACUUUAAACCAAAAUAUCAAGAUGAUAUUGAAACUGAAAAACGACGAAAUAUCUUCUGUGACAACUGGAAGGCCAUUCAGAAGCACAAUGAGAAAUUCGAAUUAGGAAUCGAGUCUUUCGAGAAGGGAGUAAAUCAGUGGAGCGAUCUUACUAUUGAAGAAUGGAAAGAAAGUCAACGGCCCAAGCGUAUACCAGGAGCUGAAGUGAUAAUCACUAAGCCAACACAGGAUGAUAACGAUAACCUUAAAUGCCAGGCUGCCUGGGAAAAAUUCCUGAUUGACUUUAAACCAAUAUAUCAAGACGGUGCCGAAACCGAGAAACGACGAAAUAUAUUCUGUGACAACUGGAAAUCGAUUCAGAAACACAAUAAGCAAUUCGAAUUAGGUUUCGAGUCCUUUAAGAAGGGAAUAAAUCAGUGGAGUGAUCUGACCAUUGAGGAAUGGAAAGAGAGUCAACGUCCCAACUUCAUACCAAAGGAUGAAAUCACUACAGCCAAACCAGUUAAUGAUGAUCAAGAUAACGAUAAAUGUCAGUCUGCCUGGGAAAAAUUCCUGAUUGACUUUGGAUCAAAAUAUCAAGAUGAUUUGGAAUUCGAGAAACGCCGAAAUAUCUUCUGUGAUAACUGGAAGGCGAUUCAGAAGCACAAUAAGCAAUUCGAAUUAGGAACCAUCUCCUUUAAGAAGGGAGUUAAUCAGUGGAGUGAUUUAACGAUUGAAGAAUGGAAAACCAAACAGCGACCUAUAAUUAAUCCACAACUUUAAAGUGGAAAAUCCAUGAAGAUGAGAAUCGUUUUGAAAUGUUAAUGAUUAACUUGGAUUGAUGAACCAUAUGAACCUAUAACCAAAAUAUGAUGUACCAUUUAACUGGAACUGAAAACCAAGUUGGCAAGAAAACAAAAACCAUUAUUAUAUGAUUACUUUUCGGAUUCCAGUUGUUUAAUGAACUCACCUUUAAGACACAAAUGUACAUUAAAAAAAGGCAACUAACCCAAAAAAAAAAAUACUUAAGUGAUUUUGGGUUGGUUUUUAAAAAUA